AUGGAAGAGAGAAGACCAGCAGGGAAUCAUCCUAGGCAGAAGUGCACCGUCGGGGAGAGAGACCAGGAGCUAGAGGCGAUCACCCGUGGGUCUAAUGCAGCCCCCGUGAAGAAAGUGAUCAUGUCGGCUGACGGAGAUUUCCCCCAGGGCCUGAUCGGAUCGUGGCUGGCGUUCAGAGUGGCGGUGUCGGAAGUCAACGAGGCAACCGAGUAUGGAUGGAUUCACCCGGGCACACAUCUCAGGAGCGAUGCCAUAAUGCUUCCACCUGCCAGCUCCCAUCUCGACUCGAGUGAAUGA